GGUCAACCAGGGCCAAUCGGGAACCAAGGAUCAAUGGGCAUUGAAGGCUUUCCUGGACCAGAGGGAGUGAGAGGACUGAAAGGAGAGAGGGGUGUAUCAGGACCACCAGGUGCAGCUGGAAUGAAGGGAGACAAGGGUCCAGUGGGUGUUCCUGGAUUCCCUGGAAUUUAUGGAGUUCCGGGACACCCCGGUCAGCCAGGAUCCAGAGGUCUUCCUGGUUUAGACGGCUGUAAUGGUACCAUUGGAAGUCCUGGCUCCUCUGGAUCAGACGGAUUCCCUGGUCCCCAAGGACCACCGGGUCAGCCUGGUCCUAAAGGCCCCAAAGGUGAACCUGUUUAUGCCCCAGGGAUUUUUAAAGGAGUGAAGGGAGAAAGAGGUCUUCCUGGACUGGAUGGCCCUAUUGGACCUAAAGGUUUUCCAGGUCGAUCAGGCCCUGCUGGUCCCAUCGGGCUACCUGGAUUUCCGGGACCCCCAGGUUUCCCAGGGCUCCCAGGAUCUGUGGGCAGUAGCGGUCUAGUUAUCCAUGGAGAAACAGGAGAAAAA